AUGUCUGCACCAUCAUAUACGCUUCCUAAGCUUCCAUAUGCAUACGAUGCAUUGGAACCCCACAUCUCCGCCCAGAUCAUGGAGCUUCAUCACAGCAAACACCAUCAAACAUACAUCACGAAUCUGAAUGCAGCACUCAAGUCUCAGGCCGAGGCUGUCCACACUUCAGACAUCACCGUUCAGGUAAGCCUACAGCAGGGCAUCAAGUUCAACGCCGGAGGACACAUCAACCACUCUCUGUUCUGGCAGAACCUCGCACCGGCCAGUUCGUCAGAUGCAAAGUCGUCCGCUGCCCCGCAGCUCCUGAAGCAAAUCAAGGCAACAUGGGGCGACGAGGACAAAUUCCGUGACGCCUUCAAAGCUGCUUUGUUGGGCAUUCAAGGAAGCGGAUGGGGAUGGCUCAUCAAGGUCGAGACUGGAAAGGAGGAACGACUUGCCAUUGUAACGACGAAGGAUCAGGAUCCCAUCGUUGGGAAGGGUGAGACGCCCAUUUUUGGUGUCGACAUGUGGGAGCAUGCCUACUACCUCCAGUAUCUGAACGGCAAAGCUGCUUAUGUUGAGAACAUCUGGAACGUCAUCAACUGGAAGACGGCGGAGGAGCGAUUCCUCGGGUCGCGCGCAGAUGCAUUCAAGAUCUUGAAAGCAUCCAUCUGA